AUGGCUCCUAAACCUCCGCGCAAAUCCAGAGCCGCGCAGAUCGCUGCGAUGAGGGAACGAAGACUUUUGCGCACUCUGACCACCGACACUAUUACCGAGAUUGAGACGUACAUCAAGGACCAGCAACAAAAGAGUCUGAGGUUCAAGAUGAACGCGAUAGGAUUGCGAGUUGAGCGCUCAAUAGCUUCCACGCCAUCAUCGACUCCCAUACGACUCAUCCAACCUGGGGCAGAGGAUAUACUCCUCGGUGUACGGAGACAGUCUUUGAAGUCUACGCUGCUCGCGGAGCAAACACCACACCCACAGACCAAUCAAGAAGAGGAGUGGCUCACGUUGCAAGAAUGGUUGACUCGACGCUAUGGGAUUGCCUCUCAUCUGGAAGAUGAACCUGACGAUUCAAAUGAAGAAUCUCUAAAGCAGGCAGUGGCAGCGUACAUCCGUCACCGGCACCGCACCGACUUCGAAUUCUGGAGGAAAACGGUUGACGUCGACAGUUGCUUGAACCUGUUAAAUCAAGACAUAUGCUCAUACAGCAAGUAUGACCUUACAGACCACCUUCUGGAGGGCCUUUCCAGAAUAGAAGCCGGCUGCCACGAGUCAGAGUCUGCUGGCCCUCCGAGACUUACUCCUGAACUCGUUUUGGAGAUUGGUGUACACCCUCGUUGGUUAUCGUUCCUCACUUGGAUGGCCGAAGACCUCGAGACGCUCGAACCAAUCCCUCUUACAAUGUACGACUGGUGGAACUCCAACGGCCGAGCUUUCCGGUUCCUUGAUCUUCCUGAAGAACUCCGUUACCUCGUAUACGAUCAAGUCAUCGGCCCCUACAUAUGUUUAUCGCUGAGCAAGGGCGACUCCAACGGAAACCAGCAUGUCAGACUGACCCGCCCCAAGCGCCGCUGCAUAGACAUACAUCGCUUUGGGAAAGUGAGUGUUGCCGGAAGCGAAUACCAGUUUCAGCCGGACAUGCUUGCUCUCACAUGUCAGCAGAUGUGCUAUGAAGUCAAAAAGGCCACAUGGGAGCGCACGACAGCAUUGCUCAACGAUUAUCAUCACCCUUCCAUAUGUCCCACUUGGCCUCAUGUCUUCAUCCCCUAUCACGCGAUGCGCCGUAUCGAGCUCAAUCUCUCCACAUCGGAUUACUUCCGCUUCCUCGGCCUAAAAUGCGAACGCCAUCAGGGUUUCGUCGAAUUGGACAACGAGAUGACCCCCGCAAUCGCCCAACUGCGGGAGAUACCAACGCUUUUCCAUCUACAUCUCCACUUCACCAUCCGUCCGCCUAUACGGAUUGGUCCUGGUAAUACGUGGAGGUCAUUGGACCCUUGGCUUAAUAUCGCAGGAAACAGGGGUACGAAAGUAGUCUCGUGCCAAAGAGUCUUCGUUCACUGGUUCUUCACACUGGCGUGGGCGGAUAUCAGACAUAUACCCCGAGUCACGUUCUCCGGUCAUGUUAAGAGAAGGAUACGAAUGAUGUGGGAAUUCGAAUUUGAUCGUAGUACUUCACGGAAACAAACAGAUUCCAAGCACGAAUCCAUCGCACGGAUACAGGCUACGCCGUGGCAAAGACUGUAG